UGCAUUUUAGUAGUUCGUGAUUUUCAACCAUCUUACUCGUAUUUAUGUGUACGUUUUCACAAUGCCCUGUCGUCUGCACUCUGUGGCGAACCACACAACCAAUCAACAAAUGCCCUGCCGCCUGCACUCUGUGGCGAAUCAAAUAACCAAUCAACAAAAGGUACUGGUUGCAUUCAAGGAGCGAAACUACCCGGCGAACCAAAUAACCAAUCAACAAAAGCUACUGAUCGCUUUCAAGGAACGAAAAUACAACGAGUUCAGCACGCUGAUAAAAUACCCAGACAUCAAAGUCGAUCACUUCUACGCAGCUCCAGAAAAUGGUACGUUACUCGACUUGGUUUGUCGAUCGAGCGGAAAUGGCGGAUACGCUUCGAUUCUCAUACUAAACGGAGCUUCGAUCUGGCUGCAAAAUCAUGUAACCGGUAAAUACGCUUUGGACGAAGCCAUCGCUAAUUCGGAUCCGAAUACGAUGCAGCAACUCAGCAUGGCUUUGCGAAAACAAAUGACUACAUUGGGUACCGAAUCAGCUAGUGAACUAAUGCAUACAGCUGUAGAAAAAAAUGACGUCGCCAUGAUGAAGUUUAUAGCCAACUGUUUUCCUCGAACAACCGAAACCGAAUAUAAUCCACAAGCUCCACACUUGGAGUUGCUUGAAGGAAGCAUCGAAGCAGUCAGAGUGUUCAUCCAGUACUUCGAUAUAGAUAUGGAAAUCCACAUUGAUUCUCAAGGCUAUGCCAGCAGCUGUCGCGAAAUAAUUCUGCAGAGAUACCCCGAACUAGAGCCAGAGCUCCCAGUACCAUCAAUUGGCCACCUACGCAACAUUCUGUUCUCUUAUUUGCGUCGUGGUCUUACUGAUUUGUUCCUGGAUCGAGCUUCGGAAGUGGAUACAGACACUUUGAAUGAUCGUUUCAAAGACAGCCACGCUGAUAAUGACAAAACGUAUUUGCACGUGGCUUGCGAAUACAACCAGUUAAACGUCGUACAGGCCUUGUUGAGAAGAAAAGUCCAUCUUAAUCAGCUCGCUCGAGAUUCCGGCGACUAUAAAAAGAAAGCAACUCCGAUAAUGAUGGCUGCUUUCAAAGGCCACUACGAAAUCGUCAACGAAUUACUCGGAAUACCCAAAGUUGACCUGCAAAUCGAAGGAAUCGGUUCGGUUCUGCAUUCGGUGAUACGUGGCAUGAACAUGCAGCCAGGUCCAGGAGAUAAUCAUCGUAUGAUUUUGAAAUUGCUGCUGGAUCACGGAUUUCCAAAAUCUCAUCGAUUGAAUGUAGAUCAUUUGGACAACGACAAUCUGACCGCUCUUCAUUAUGCGAUUCCAUUCGAAAGCGAGUUCGCCAUCAGUUCACUGAUCAACGCUGGGGCCAAUUUAUACAUACGAGACUCAGAAGGUAGGCUUUUAUUGACUUCAAUUCCAGCUAGAAUUCUAGAGAAGUGUUUCGAUGAUUGUAUUCGUUACGUUUAUCCGAAAGAAAACGAGUGUUGUCCCCUGAAAUUUAAAAUCAGGUUCAACUACAACAUAUUCAGAAGAUUGAACCCAUCCGUUAGUCCAAAUUACGAAAUGCAAUUCUGGGAUUCGAUAGAACAAGAGCCCGAACUGAGGAAACUAUUCAAGCAUCCUCUUUCGAAAAGCUUCCUUUAUGUUAAAUGGUGCCUCGUUAAGAAAUACUACUGUCUGAAUUUAAUAUUCUAUUUAUUAUUUUGUUUAAUUCUGAGCACCUAUAUUUUUAAAAUCAAAGAGUGUGCGUCCUCGUCAUCAACUACUACAAAUAAUACUGGAAUAGAUGAGGAAAAAAAAUCAAUUCUGUGCAAUGUACCAUGCUUCCUACCGAUAACGCUGGUAUUUUACGUCAUCUUCAUUUUCCAAGAACUAUGCCAAUUUUCCCUCUCACUCCGGUGGUGUUUCUUGAAAAUCACGAUGAUCUUAAUCAUUGGUGUUUUCUUCGCAAAUGAAACAAAUUCUUAUCUGGCGGCAACUGUAAUGCUCAUGAUGUGGAUCGAGUUCGUAUUUUUACUCGGUAAAGUUCCAAUGCUCUCAAUUUACAUAGAAAUGUUCAAAACAGUGGCGUCGAAUUUCGCAAAAUUGUUCAUCCUGUACUCGAUUCUGGUCGUAUCGUUCACCUGCAGCUUUUUCAUUUUAUUUCACUAUAAAACCAACGAAUCGUCGCCAGUAAAUCGAAAAAACUGCAGCAAUUUGAUUAACACGUGGCAAGACCCUACAAUUUCGCUCAUCAAAUCGAUCAUAAUGAUGACCGGUGAAUUUGACGCAUCCAGUUUACCACUCGGUUCGAAUUUCAAUUACAGCUACGUGUUUUUCAUAUUUUUCAUUUUCCUCGUCACCAUAGUCCUUCACAAUUUGCUCAACGGGUUGGCCGUCAGCGAUACUAGAGCCAUUAUGCGAAACGCCGAAGUUGUCGCUCUCAUAUCUCGAGCCAAUCAAAUAUCGCAAUUAGAACGUCUGGUCGUCAGCAGCGCAUUUCGAUAUCUUUGUUCUUGUUUGCCCAAGUUCCUGUAUGUGGGAAAAAUCAGACACAAUAUAACACUCUCUAGUAGAAUGGAUAAAGAAAUGAUGAUUUUCGUACAUCCCGGCGAGAAAAACAAGAUAUCGGCUAGUUUUUUAUCCGAUGAAUACAUCGGGCAUCUACCAUCGACCAUUGUGAAACAAGCCAAACUAAUUUUAGAGAAACGAAAUCAGUCCAAAUCGACCAAAAAUCCGAACGAAGACCAGAAUAAUAUUGAAUUAGUUCGUCAGUUUGGAGAACAAAUACGUGAUUUGAAACACGAGAUGGAUGAUAUCAGGAAACUGCUCAAAUCGAUAGAGCAGACGAUCGUUACAUCCGAAGACAAUAGAUCAGAAAUUCAGAUUCAUUCUGAAGAUCUCCGCAACUCCGAAAUAUGCAACUGUGAAGGGUUAAACAUCCACAAAACGUGUUCAGACCAUCUCGAGGAACUUCGGUAAUUUUUUUAUAGAGCCCUACAUAUCUUCGCAACAAAAACAUUACGAAGUUGUGGAGCUUUUUCUGUGUGGAAAGUUUUGAUUUGUUAUCUUGUAACUUCAUUUCAACAUUCAUUCACAGAAUAUUACUAUCUCUAAUCUCUAUAGCCGAAUCAUCAUUCAUGUGUAUUUUCAUUUUCGCUAAUUUUUGUACGUUUCUGUUCUGUUGCAUUAAAAUUUAAAAUUAUU